AUGCAACUUAUAUUAUUAAACGUUAUAUUGAUUGUAUUUCUUCCUUUAUGUUAUAGUGAAUUCAAUAGAAGUGAUUCAACUACGACUGUUUGUGGUAAAUGUUCUUCUUGUUGGACUCUUUUUAGUAAAAAUUAUGGUUCAUGUUCUACGGAAGUAUAUGAUUUAAAUUUUGAUUUAAAUCCUUUUAAUAAAAUACAACCAGUUUGUAUUGAUACAUUGGUUUUGCUUAUUAUAAUAUUCUUAAGUAUUGUUACUAUUAUACCAACUUGUCUUUGGCUUAUCUAUCUAUGCAUUAGACGUUGUCGAAAUAUCGAUGCAAAAUAUGUUGUUAAUGAACGAAUAAUGAUGUAA